UUUUUUUGAGCUCAUUGUAAUAGUGGCUUUUGAAAUUGUAAUGUAUCGAUAAAAAGAAGUUUUAUUUCUGUGUAAUAGCACAACAUUCUAUGUUCAUGUAAAAUAACAACCUGUAAAAAUCAUCUCAAUUAUAAUUUACCGAAAAUAUCAAAUUUGAAUCAAAAUUUUCAGUCAGAUAAGGUAGUACUGCCGUAUUUGCAUAAUAUGAUGGAGGAAGCUUAUAGAAAUUUUCUAUUAUGCUACAUGGAAAGACAAUACGUAACAAAAACUGCAAUAUCUGAAAUAGAUCCGUCUAACAAAACUUGGUUUUUACCAAAGAAAAAUGUUUAUGUUGGCAUAGAUGUAAUGAAUGAAAUUUCUAAGCCCAUUAUUUCAGAAAUGCCUCAGUUAUUAGAAAUGUUUUUUGAAAGAUGCCAGCUUUUCUACUCAUGUCUGUGUAUAAAUUAGAAAACGGUAUGAUUUCGACAAUUUUAUUUUGCCAAAAUUGCAGAUAUUUGUGCCUAAAAAUGCAGUUUCUUCAGAUAUACACCAGCAGUUCCCAUCAUUAGCUCAUUUGCUCCAAAAUAUGACACGUUUUUAUGACAGUAGUGAAGGUCAACUAAUCGAUGAACAGUGGAGGUUGCUGCCAGAUUACCGUUUUACUGCUGAUGAAGAAAAAAAAAUAGACAUCAACGAGGACAUUGACAUAUUCUGGGGAAAACUCCAAAAAUAUACAAAUGAAAUGGGUGUAUUUGAAUUCCAGAAAUUGUCACAGUUCGUACUGAAUAUAUUAUCCCUUCCACACUCAAAUGCUGAAUGCGAAAGAGUCUUCAGUAAAAUAAACUUGGUUAAAACAAAAUCAAGAAAUAAGUUAAUAACUAAUACAAUCAAUGGUUGUUUAUUAACGUCUCAGUGUGUGAAAAAAGAUGAUGUUACAAUGGAAUCAGAAGGUUUUACAGAAGCAAGUAGCAGUUCGGCCACCCCCAAACGUAGUGGUAGUAAGCUGAGCCCCUUAACCAACCAGAGAAUUGAAAGAAUGAAGGCUAAAAUCAAUUCUUUGAAGUGCAAAAUAUUUAGGCGUAAAGUUCCCCACUGUUUUUGCAAAGGAAGACCCAUCGAGGCUACCAAUAGAACAAAUAUCUCAAGAUUGAUAUGUGAAUCAAAACGAUACCUUUCCAAAGAUGCUCAUAUUAUUUUUGCUAAUGAGUUGAAAGCAGACUUUGUUAAUAAAUUCAACAGAAGAUAUGAUGAUGACUUGAAAGAAAUGUGCUUGUUAAGUGAAUACAAAAAAUCAAAAACUAAGAAAUCUAUGCAAUGAAUAAUGAUUCACAUUUAAGAUUACUUAUAUAUUACUUAUUUUUAUGUAUAUAUUCUUCUGUA